CAGAAUUUCAAUUGUUGUUCGUAAUCCGUAAGUGUCGGGUGUGAAAUCUUCAUUAAUUCAAUUAGAUAACUCAAGAUGAAAUUAUUGAUAUGUCUGCUGGUCCUCGCCAGCAUAAUAUACGCAAAUGCCGAAGAAUGCAUUAAAAUUGAAUGCGACUCGUCCAACUACGAAAGCUACGUAGACUGUCAACGAGCCAAGAGAGCCAAACGCAACGUUUGUGAUUACGAUUGUGAAGGUGGAGAUUGCGGAGAUGAAUGCAAUACCUGCGACUGUGACGAAUGCAGCGGAUUCAGUACAUCUUCUUGUUGCUCGAAUUGCUGCAGCGCUACCCGAUGCAGAACUACGUCAUGUUGCCAAAGAACUUGUCGCGUUGCAUGCAGAGACACAUCAUGCAGGACGUCUUGUAAAAAGUCAUGCUAUAAAGGCCUUAAAAAGGAUACUUCCUCCUCCACAGUUAAUUCCCAAACUAAAAAUAAUGUUACAUUGGAAAAUGAUAACAAGCACAAUAUUACAACAAUAAUACAUUUGAACAAUAUUAUAAACACCACAAAUUUAAUAGAUGUACCAAUUACCCUAAAUAAUACUAAUGUUAACAAUAUUACCGUUUUGUCAGAAGAAGAUACCAUACAUACAACUAAUAUGCAGCCAAACCAGCCAGUACAGCCAAUGCAACCAGUUACUCCAAGUUGCUGUACACUUGUAGGACCCAGACAAUGUACGCCUACAGAUAAAUUUCCUUUCGCCAAUUGUUUUCACUAUAGAAGCAACACAUGUAGUGAUAUAUGUAAAGCGAAUAUAAUGCAUGUUCAACCAAAACAGGUUUGCUCGUCGGUACCUUUCCAACCUCCUCAAUGCAAACAACAACUAGCGUACAUUCCCCAACCUGACCCUAAAUGCACAUAUCAAUCUACAUGGCCUUACGUUAGUUGUGGUAUUCAACAAAACACAAACUGCGAGGGAUGCUACGAACAUUAUUUCGAUGAAUCGCGAAAGAACCAUCUCAGUUGUAAUCCUUCGUGCUAUGACGAUGGUUAUGGUGUAGGACCAUAUUACAGACAGGGUCCCGUCUACAGACCUGGAUACUCACAUAUACCCUCAUGUUUUCAAACAAAUACAUGUGGAUUUGAUGGCACUGGUAUCUACGGUGGAUUAGGUGGAUUGGGUGGAUUAGGUUUAGGUACGGGAUUUCCCAGUUAUGGUUCUCCACUUUCAUAUGGAUUUCCGUCAACUCCCUUUUAUGGAACCUAUCCUUCAAGUUCUUAUCUAGGAGGUUCAUUUUUUGGUAAUUCUAGUUGGAGCCCUAAUCCAGUUCAACCGUUUUUUGGUAUAGAAACCAAUCCUGCUCAACUUGAAAAUUUGAAAAAAAUUUUCAACAAGAGGUCUGUCAAAGUAGAGGAAAAAAUUCAACCACCUGGUUUGAUAAAUGUGGGACCAAGUUACAGUUACACUGGCUAUAGUCCUAUCGUGCCACCAUUGAAACCAAUCUUCAAGCUACAGAAGGACCCUGAAAUUAAAGUAGACGUGGAAAAGACCAGUGACGCAGAGAUCAUCAUAACAGAACGUCACAGAAAACAUCACCACCAUACUCCUCCACAAGUUCGCAACAAUGCAGACUGAGAAAAAGCAAACCUAAAUGAAUAAUGCAUUGUUUUGUAGGAUUGAUGUAAAUUUUUAUGUUAGUUUCUUUUUUAAGUUUUAUAAUUGUGUUUGAAGAUUCAUUAAUAAAUUCAGUAUAGUGAAUGUGUCUACA